AUGGAGUUGAGUAUUCGAAAGGGCGGUUCAGGUCGUUUAAGUGAGAGUCUGCAAACGAGUAUUCGCUGUAUGCUGCGUGCCCAGGCGGCUCAUGCAGAUCUCACUAAUGUUGUCGUUGUGUUGGACAACGCACCCUGCCAUAACCGCGCCGAAACAGUGUUUGAAGAGGACGAGUUUGCUCAAGUCGAAUGCCUACGUCUCGGACCGUACUCACCUAUGCUGAAUGGAAUUGAGAACGUGUUCUCUGCGUACAAGUCAGCAGUGAAGCGGUACAUGGCAGUGAACCGACGCAAGAUUCUUGACGUUCCUCAGGGAAUGACCAUCACAGCUCAUCGCUCGACAUUUCUGCUGCAUGCGGCAAACAUCAUCUUUCGUGAGGUCGUCACAUCCGAGUUGUGCCGUAAAUGCAUCCACCACAUUUUUGGCUUCCUUAGUGAUGCCAUUUUAAUGAAGGACAUGGCAGUAGGAACUUAA